UGGGUCAGAUCGGCUCGUGGAGUAAGCAGUCAAGAGAGACUUGGACUAGAGUUAGCCACACGGUCCCCACGCGAAGGACACGAGAGCUGUACACUGCCAACCCUUCCUCUUCUUCCUGUGCCACAGUUUGAGGCUGUCCUUUGCAUCCAUCACGGCAGAAGUACUGUCAGCGAGAUGGAAACUGCAACCAUCACUACCACGCAGACUGCAUUCACCUUUGGACUUAGUGAAAGACGCGCCAGCAUCAGUCUGCAUGCCCCGGCUCAGGACUGCUCAGUGUCCGCUGUGCACCCAAACACCAACGCUGCCGGGUACCAAAGCAAAACCAAGGUGCUGAAGAGACAGCGCUCCAGCUCGCCGGAGCUCCUGCGCUGCAAGCGUCGUCUGAGCUUCAAUGGCCUCGGCUAUUCCAUCCCUCAGCAGCAGCCCGUGGCCGUGGCCAGGCGGAACGAAAGAGAGAGGAACCGGGUCAAACAGGUCAACAUGGGCUUCCAGACGCUGCGUCAGCAUGUGCCAAACGGCGCCGCCAACAAGAAGAUGAGCAAAGUGGAGACACUGAGGUCUGCGGUGGAGUACAUCAGGGCUUUACAGCAACUUCUCGACGAACAUGACGCAGUGUCGGCUGCUUUCCAGUGUGGACUGCCAUCACCGACACUCUCCAACAGCUACUCUGCUGACCCGGAGUCACCUCACUCCACCUACUCAUCAGAUGAAGGCGGCUAUGAGCCUUUGAGCUCCGAGGAACAGGAGUUAUUGGACUUCACAACUUGGUUUGACAGGUACUGAGGCUGCCAGUAAAUAAAUCGCACUUGUGCGCAUCAAAGUGUCUGGCUUCUUCCAGAAAUGCCGACAAAGACUCGAUAAAGGCAUCAGAUCUGUCUUGCCCUUUGUGCUUCCAAGUGAUCUGUUGCCUCCCUCACCCGGGCUGCUUCUGCAGGAGCAAAGCAAUAGUGACAAACAGGGAGAAUGUGUAUGUGUGAGAGAGGGAGCAUCUUGUUGCAUAGAGCGUAGUCCUCACAGGAAGGAGGGAAUUGGACUCAUUGACACGUUGACGCGUGGAAGUAAAAUACAAACAAACAAACAAAAAACAAAAGAAAACAAAAAACUGUUUGAAUAAGUGCAAUUAAUAUGUGACACAGCAGGCUCUGCGGGGACGGUGCUGUCCAUAGGAUCUGUUGAUUAGCAGUUCAUCAGACCCGGGCUGCCUUCCUCUGCUGCCACGUCUGUUGAAGAUGUAUAACUUAAAAGAUGCGUCAACAGACUUUUUUCGAGAUGUACAUGUCCUCUCCUUUCAUAACAAAGCUGUAUCAUACAACAAACUGUUUUAACACGAAGACAUAUUUUUGUACAUAGAAUCAAACAGUGUUGUAGAUGAACGUUCACUGCCACUUUUCUGACAGUGUUUUGACAGCCAGCUGUCAGCGAGGCGGUGAGCUGGCAUGUAUGAGUUGUGUGACUGGGCAGCAAUAUCAAGGCUACUGCCUGUGACAGACUGUAGUUUUUUGGGUUUUUUUUAAAUAGUUGUCAAGGAGACAUUUAUUAAUGUAUGCACUUCUUCUCAGUUUCCCGUAGCCUAAAAU